ACCGGUUUCUUCUCGGUUCCAGCGGCGAUUAAGGGCCGUGGUGCAGUUGAAAAUUUUCAAUCGCCCGUCCAAUGAUCCAAACACAGUUCGUCGGUGUGAAAUAUUUUUAAUUGCGCCGCACUGGUCCUAAAAGGCGGAAUCAAAUGGGCCCUUAAACAUCGAAGAAAUAAUACUGCUGAUUUGAUGUUACACGAGUACGAUGUUCCCGUUCGAAUCUAUUACAGCGAGAACUGACAAAAUAGAACCAAACUCUUUAAAACAAAGUCCAGUCAAACCGCAAAAAAAAAGACAAUGCCACCAUUGCCAUGAACUUACUACGAGACCCGACGAGCGCGGCGGCAACAUUCAAACCAGAAUCCAACUCCGACCCACGAAUCCUCCAUGCACAAGCUCUGAAAUCCCCACGCAUUGAUCGUUCCAUUUACAACAAUCUAAUCACUCUCUACUCUAAAAACAACCUUCUUGAUUUCUCUCUUCGUCUCUUCAAUCAAAUCCCAUCACCCAAGAUCGUCUCAUGGACUUCCCUUAUCUCUGCUUACUCCAAUUGCCCACUCUCCCUCAAUUUUUUCCUUUCCAUGCUUCGCCACCCUAUCCUGCCCAACCAACGGACCUUAGCCUCGCUUUUCAAAACCUGCGUUUCCCUCCCUCGUUGUCUGUUCUUCGGCCUUUCAUUACACGCUCUUUCCUUUAAGCUUUCUCUCAAUGCCCAACCUUUUUCUGGCUCUGCAUUGAUUAAUUUUUACUCCAAAUAUCGGCUUCCAGUGUAUGCGAGGAAAGUGUUCGAUGAAAUGCCUGAACGAGAUGAAGUUUGUUAUGCCGCGGUGAUUGUUGGGUUGGUGCAGAAUUCUAAACCACUUGAAUCUUUAUCUUUGUUUGCUGUGAUGAAAUCCUGCAAUGUGGGUUCUACCAUGCAUAGUGUUUCCGGGGCGUUACGAGCAGUGGCUGAUUUGGCAGCCUUGGAGCAAUGCAGGAUGAUUCAUGGGCACGCGGUGGUUACUGGGUUUGAUAAGAAUGUGAUUGUGGGCUGUGCUUUGGUUGAUGGGUAUGGAAAAGCAGGGUUUGUUUCUGAUGCAAGAAAGGUUUUUGAUGAGAAUAUUGAGGUGCUGAAUAUUGUAGGUUGGAAUGCUUUGAUGGCAGGUUAUGCACAACAAGGCGAUAAGAAUUCGGUGGUUGAGUUGUUUCGAUUGAUGGAGAAUGGAGGGUUUGUGCCAGAUGAGUAUAGCUAUUUAGCUGUGCUUUCGGGUUUUUACAAUGCUGGUUUGGUUGGUGAGGCAGAGAUGUGGUUGAAGAGGAUGAAAGUGGAGUCUGGCAUAGAACCUUGGCUUGAGCAUUAUACGUGUUUGAUAGGUGCGUUGGGGAGAGCAGGGCGGUUGGAGGAUGCAGAGAGGAUCGCAAUGACAAUGCCCGUUAAGCCUGAUGCUGCAGUGUGGAGAUCACUGUUGUCAAGUUGUGCUCACCAUGGUGCAGCAGAUAUGGCUUUGAGGAUGGCAAGGAGAUUAUUGGAGUUGGAUCCUAAUGACGAUUCAGCUUAUGCAAUAGCUGCAAAUGUCUUAUCAGUUGCGGGAAGAUGGAUUGAGGUUGCAGAAAUGAGGAAGUUGAUGAAAUAUCGGAGAGUGAAAAAAGAGGCCGGGAAGAGUUGGAUCGAAAUCAAGGGGAAUGUUCAUGUGUUCUGGGCAGGGGAUAGGAAGCAUGAGAGAACUGAAGAAAUUUACGCAAAGUUGGCCGAGUUGAUGAAAGAGAUUGAAAAACUAGGGUACAAGCCUGUCUGGGACGAGAUGUUGCAUGAAGUAGGAGAAAGGGAGAAAAGAGAAGCCCUUUGGUAUCAUAGUGAGAAAUUGGCUUUAGCUUAUGGGAUAGUGAGUGGAGCAGCACCACCAGGUAAGCCUUUGAGGAUCGUAAAGAAUCUGCGGAUCUGCAAGGACUGUCAUGAGGCUUUUAAGUACAUAAGCAGAUUGCUAGAAAGGGAGAUCAUUGUAAGGGAUGUUAACAGAUACCAUAAGUUUUUGAAUGGUAGUUGUAGUUGUGGAGAUACUUGGUAACUUAUAAAAGUCAUCCCAUUUUUUCUCAACCAACCAUUUGGAACUUGUUUAAGCUUACUCUGUAUCUAGUACCGAAUCAAAUUUAUG